GAUAUAAACUUUGAAACAUUUUCUUGUUUGAUUUUCAAGAUGUUUUGUUCGCUUUAGCGAGCAUAGCAGCCCUGUGAAAAUACAUUGUUAUGAUCUCUUGUUUUGAUCUGUAUUAGUUCAAAGGACAUAUUGGAAAGACAUUGUGUAUGUUUUCCUGUGAGGAAGCAGAACGUCUCGAAGCGACAAGUCAGUUGACGAAUAGUCCCGGGAGCUUAUACAUUGCCAAAAACGCUGUAUCAGGAAUAAUUCAGGGAAACAUGUUCGCGCGGCAAAUAAAGAUUGUAUACCUACUGCUCUUAUAUUGUGUCGUCGUACGAAGCUACUACACACCCGAUUAUAAUUACACGCAGACCGAGUUGAACGCAGAAUCACAGGUAUUCGAGAAAACUACAACGGGUGAUAAUAAUCCCAGCGGAUUUUUAUCGAGAUUCAGAAAUGCGCUAAUCAGAAGAACAGUAAAUUGUACACUUGACUGGAUCGGAGAGUUCGUGCAAGAUUACUUUUUUGAAAGUUCUUUCAAUGAACAAGAGAGCGACGACAGAUCGAAAGAUUUGAAGAUAUACAAGGAAACUACGACAAAUGCUAAGAAUUCUUUUCAAAUAUCGCCGACGUUCCGGUUAAUGAUCCGGCCCUCGUUGGAAAAGGCGGUAACUCAAUGGAUCAAUAAUAUGAUAGAGUCAACGAUUAAUUACUUCCGAACAAAAAGGCAGAUACCAUUGCACGUGCUAAAGAGUGAACUGGACAAACUGAAAAAAGAUCGGGAGAUACAUACCACCGACUUUUUGAGGCGCAAGGCUAGAUCGAUUCAUUUAAACACAAAAUCGAUGGUAUCCCAGGAAACUGCGACAAACGCUAAAAAUGACUUUUACAUAUCGCCAUUAUCUCAAUUGUUCCGAUUCCUGUCCGAAUCCCCGGCCCGAUCCUCUUUCCUAUCUCGAUCCCCUAUCUUCGACGCGCUAUCUUCGUCUCGGUCGUCGUCUCACAAUCAGUCACCGUCGCGAUCUUCAUUGCAAGAGUGGAUAAAUCAACAGCUCGAUGGAAUAGCAGAAAUUUACAUGCUGGAAACAAAUAAAAUUUACACGCCAGAGAAAUUGCGACCGAAAAGGCAGAUAUCAGUGGCACCAUUGUACGUGCUAAGGAAUGAACUGAACCGAUUGAAAAAAGGUCAUUUAAGUUUAUCACAGUUUUUUUCUCGGAUACAUAAGUUGAAAAAACUGCUGAAACGGCGGUUGAAUGACGUAUAUUCACGAAAUAUCGUUAGGAAAUAGAAACAGAUUUUCCAGCCUUCACUGGAAAAUAAGUCUCCAUUGAUCGUGAAAAAGAGCAACAACAAAAUGAAACAUCAAAAGACAUGGAGCAAGAAGGAUAGGACGACGACUGUGACGCCGUUAGAUAACGAUGACAUCAAUUUAUGGGUGGAUGAAUCUGAUUGACUACUCUGACUAUUUUAAGGAAGCAAGAUUAAUCAAGAAAAGCACGCGAAUUAAAGAAUGAGAAAAGGAAACUGAAAAAGAACAGAAAACCAAGGAAACUACACGACGGACGCUAAAAAUCCCUCCCAAAUAUCACGAUCAUUCCACUCACGCCAAUUGCUAUCAGAGAACGACAGCCGACCGAAAGGUAGCGGAUUUUUCGCCGUGAAGAGAUGCUACGUCGCGCUACAAUAAAGAUAUUAUUUUACAAGAAUUUCAAUCUCCUACAUAAAUCAAGAGAUAAACACUGGCGAGAUUCGCGAAUCGGGCAGCGACAACUGGAAACGGAAUUACACCAGGAACGCUCAAAGUGAAAUCGUUUGUGCCGCUAAUGAAAGAAACUGAUCGCUCAAUUUCUCAGUAUCACCGAUUACCAUGUCGCCCAAUAAUUAUCAUCGAACUGUAGAAAAAAGCGACAUGUCAAAGACUCUCGAUGGUAUACGUAUACCCUGAAUCCGUCCGUCCUUCCAUAAUAUUUCCGACUUCGAGUGUGAUGUAUGUACAUACAUACGUGUACCUCGAAUUAGCACGUCCGAUUACCAUCAUUUCUAGGAUAACGUACUUAUGUGUCAAAUCUUCUUAUAAUUCCCAGAACAUAUUCUGCAAUUAUAUUAUGGUCCGUUUAUUAUCAUCAAACUAUAAUGAAUAACAGAGAUACAAUGUGUAACAGAAAUACAUCAAGGGACACCUAAUAAGUCCUUCGAUCCUUCCACAAUAUUUCCGAUUGCCACGUCGCCCGAUGGUUACCAAACUAAACAGAAUCACAGCUCGCCAGAGAUGCAUAAUGAUAAUAAUGACGAUAUUAGUAAUGACAAAAGUUGAACAAAGUUCAUAAUGACAAUUCAUAAGUUUGCUAGCUUUCAUAGAAUUAAGUUUAUAUUAAACAAUGUAAUGAAAUAAAAUUGUAUCUGGAUACUCGAAAAUAGCAUACUCGUCGCGUAAUUAAUCAGAUCUUUGAAACGUAAUUAACUGUAGUACGAUAAGCGCAGAGAAUAUGACAGUAUUAGAAAUUAAUUUAAUGCUCGACUGAAAAUACAUGUCAUAUUUGUUAGAUACAAAUGGAUUUCUUUGUAUUAUACUUUUAUUUAGAGGAACAAAAGAUUAUAAUUGAUUAAAUAAGCAUUUAAUCAGUUACGUCUGAUUUAUGUCAUAAAAUACUGUUUGUCCUUUUUGUGUAAAAUAAAAUACUUAUCGAGCAA